AUGUCGGCAAGACAUGAGCUACCUAUUUCUGCUGAGGAUGUAGCCGUGGUAGAUACAAUCACCAAAUCACACACCGGCGAGGUUCAGGUGGCGGUAGUGGCUCCGGACAGGAAGGAUGAGCCGUUGGUUACUCGCAAGUAUGAGAAUGGCGAGAUACCCGCCGAAGAGUACGAGCGUGAGGAGAGCCUUGAGAAGAACAGGAUCAGCAACAUCUCGACGACACAUAGUAACAUUGGUUACAUCGUCACCUUGUGCUUGAACUUGUCUCUGUUACUUCCUUUGCAAAACAAUCCGCUAGUAGACAACUAUACACUCGUGUUAACUAACGCCUACUGGGUAAUCACUGGCAUUUGGUGGUUCAUCUUUCAGGAACCUCGCCCAGGGCCUCCAUUGCCAAAGGGCGAGCAUUAUAUCACCGUCGGGUGGAAGCAGAUCUGGAUUGCUUUCAAGCAGUACAAGAAGCUCCCUUACACGUUUAUCUACCUCGUGGCAUUUUUCUUGCUUGCCGAUGGACUGAAUACGACUGGGACGCUCAUAUCCAUCUGCCAGAAUGACAAGUUCUCGUUCUCAUUCCUUCAGAACACCUAUCUUGGGCUUGCUCAGGCGAUCACUUCGACGGCGAGCACUCUAGGAUUCUGGUACAUCCAGAGGUAUUGGAAGAUCAGCACAAAGAAGAUGUUUGUGGUAACAAAUGUCGUCACGAUCUUCAUUCCGCUCUGGGGCAUGAUCGGUAUCUGGACGAAUAGAUUUGGCUUCCACAAUGUAUGGGAGUUCUGGGCAUACAAUGUUGUGUUCGGGCUGUUCCAGGCCCCAUACUACGCGUUCUCGCAGACGAUGAUGGCAGAGUUGACCCCUCCUGGUUUUGACAAUAUGUUCUUCGGUCUCUUCGGGUUGUCCAACCGUGCAUCGUCUAUGAUCGGACCCAACGUCAUCCAAGCGAUCAUCAACAACACAGGCGAUAACUGGAAGGGCUUCCCGUUUCUCUUCGCGCUGUGUACCGCGGCGAGUCUCGUUAUCUGGUUCGGUGUGGACAUUACUACUGGACGACGUGAUGCCGUUGCAUGGGCAGAGAAGCACCGGGCGUACGCCGAGACGGGAGUCUACACGGAGGAGGAAGACGAGUCCGUAGAUGCCAAGGAGUACGGCAAGCGCGCAUGAACCACACCGCGGCUAGAUAACGAUGCAACCACAGGCAAUGUGUCACCUUACGAUUUAAGGGAUGGAACAUGCAAUCAUAGACAUACAUUGCUUAC